AUGUUACAAACCGUUUUAGAAUUUAUUGAUCAAAAAAUUAUUUUGUGUUUAAAGUCGAUAGUUAAUUUUGUAGCAGUAUAUAAUUCUAUUGUAAAAGAUUCAGGUGUUGAUAUAUUUUGUAUUAAGGGACACUUUUAUAAAGGUGUAAUAACCAAGCACAUGACUCAAGCUGAUCCAAUCCUGUAA